GGAAGGUCUAUAAUUUUCGCAAAAAUAAGCUCGACAGGAAAAAGAAAAGAAAGGCGACGUUCCUCUUUCCUCGUUCUCGCGUCCGACAGUGAGAGUGAGCAGCUGAAUUCGAGCGCCGCUCGCCGCGCGCACCACGGCCCCGAUCCGACAAGCUAGUUGCCUGACUCUUACAAUAAUCUAUUGUUACUUACUUUCUUUGAAGACUAUCGUUGGUCUGAGAUCUUGUCAAUGUUCAUUUGGAGAUAGCAUGUCCGGACAACAGGAUCAUGUUAGUAAAAGCUCUAGCUCUAGCAUCAGCAGCAGUACUCAGGAGAGCGAGGAGGAAGUAAGUAUAACUAUUGGUAGCCUCUUAGCCCAAGCAAAGAGCAACAGUGGACACAAACUUGGGAAUCGCCUGUCCCAUUUGGAUUCCAUCCCGCACAUUCCCCGAGUUAAUGGGAAAAUCCCUAAUGUUGAUAAUGCAACCUUGGAUCAUGAAAGAUUGCUGGAAAGGCUGGGCAAUUACGGUUUGGCUGAGUUUCAAAUAGAGGGAGAUGGCAAUUGUCAGUUCCGAGCUUUGGCGGACCAGAUAUUUCACAACCCUGACUAUCACAAACAUGUCCGAAAGGCAGUCAUGAAACAGCUGAAGGAAUUCAGAAAACAGUAUGAAGGCCAUGUACCAAUGGAAUAUAAGGUGUACUUGAAGAAAAUGAAAAGAUCUGGGGAAUGGGGUGAUCAUCUGACCUUACAAGCGGCUGCAGACCGGUUUGGUGCCAAAAUUUGUCUGCUGACAUCAUUUAGAGACACUUGCUUAAUUGAAAUAGUCCCCAGGGAUCUGACUCCCACGAGAGAGAUUUGGCUAAGCUUCUGGUGUGAAGUGCACUAUAAUUCCUUAUAUGCAAUUGACGAUCUCCUGACUCGCAAAACCAAGAAGAAGCACUGGCUGUUCUAGGGUGGUUCUGACGCAUCUCCGAGUAGCCGCUGUCCGUUUCGUUCCCAGUCGGUGCAGUGCAGCCCCGUAGUAGUACUUACCGUCAUGAUCAAACGUUGUACUAGCAUCCUAAGCUGAGUACAUGUAGGCUUACUCUCUUAUGUACAGUCAGCGUAAAUCUUGUAAAACUUCUCGAGAAACAGAACAUGGAGCUGCACGACUUUCAGAUCCAUGAGCCUUAUGUUCCUUCUACACGGCGACGCAGUUUUGCCUUUGCAGUGUACAUUAUGUUGUUAUGAUCUCUUCAGGUGAUUGCUUAGUAAGCACCCUGACAGUGCUUGGCUAGGUUAUUCUGUAUAAGAGUCACAUUGUAAGACGUACUGAUGCUACUAAGGUGCCAUUUGGCCCUCUUUUGAAGCGGCGCUCCUUUUGCCGGAGUGGAAUAAAACUGCCGAGCAUCUUGGGUUC